AUGGCAAGCCCACAAUCAACAGAAACGUCUAAUAAAACUUCUGGCGAGCCAAUCUAUACGUGGUCAGUUAAAGAGUUUCAGGAUCUAUAUACGCGUAUGGGAACAGGUGCCUUUAUGAUGAGUGAACGAUUUGCUUCUCCUCAACCAGUAACAAUUGAUCAGGAAACUGGAGUAAAGGACCCAAUACACUGGUGGCGUCUUGUUUUAUAUCCACAUGGCUAUGCGAAUCAACCUGAUUAUUUGGCAGUAUUUCUUACAGCUUUUCGGUCAGAGUACGAAAAAAAAAAUCAAGUUAAAUCAAGAACGGUUCAACGAUUUUGGUUCGAAUUGUUUCGGGUUGAUAAUCCUGAUGUUAAAUCCAAGAAACUCACACAUCUUGCUAUAAGGAGUUUUAAGAAAUCGGAUUUCGUUUUUGAAAGUCGGGACGAUAUUCAUACUUUAGGUACUAGAAAAUUUGUGCCUUUUACCGAAAUUUUUGCAGAUGGAAAGAAUCAUAACAAUGUUACAUUAGUUAUACGAGUGCAUAUCAUCAAUGAGGAUCCAUUCAUGAAAGAUUCUUCAAAUGAAGGAACAAAACCGAAUGAAAUACGGACAAAAUCAUUUUUAUCUUCUUUUGAAAAAUAUUUUAUGGAUGAAAGAUACUGCGAUGUAGAGUUUGAAUUUGACUGUGGUUCUAGAAUUAAGUCGAAUCGACUUGCUCUUGCAAGUCGUUCGGAAUAUUUUGAUUCACUAUUUAAAGGAGAAUGGAGUGUCGCUGGAACAACGCCAAUUCAUGUUACAGGCAUGAAGUUCCAGGUUUUUAAAGCAAUUUUAUACUAUCUUUAUACAGAUAAACUAGAAGACGACUUAUCAUUAGACACAUUACAAAAUCUUUAUUUUGAUUCUGAGGCAAGACAUUUAGAUGAUUUAAAAGAAAUGGUCAUAAUCCGAAUUGGUGAAAUGGCUAAC